AUGCAUGCCCUCGCCCUCUUCACGGGCCUCGUUGGUGUUGCCAAUGCAGCGUGCCCUUAUAUGACAGGCGACAUCGCCGACAGUCCUCACAGUAUCGAACGUCGCAACGAUGGCGAUGCUGCAGCCACUGAGGAAUUCCUCUCCCAGUUCUACCUCAAUGACGAAGAUACCUACCUAACCUCGGAUGUGGGUGGUCCUAUUGAAGAUCAGAACAGUCUCAAGGCUGGCGAGCGUGGUCCGACUCUGCUUGAAGAUUUCAUCUUCCGUCAGAAGAUUCAGCGAUUCGAUCAUGAACGGGUACCCGAACGUGCAGUUCACGCUCGAGGCACCGGAGCCCAUGGCACAUUCACAUCCUACGGAGACUGGUCCAACCUCACAGCAGCCUCCUUCCUCUCCGCCAAGGGCAAACAGACACCCAUGUUCACGCGGUUUUCCACCGUGGCUGGAAGCCGCGGAAGUGCCGAUACAGCACGAGAUGUACACGGCUUCGCCACCCGAUUCUAUACAGAGGAAGGAAACUUCGACAUUGUCGGAAACAACAUCCCAGUCUUCUUCAUCCAAGACGCCAUCCUGUUCCCAGAUCUGAUCCACGCCGUCAAGCCCCGCGGCGACAAUGAGAUCCCCCAAGCUGCCACUGCACAUGACUCCGCUUGGGAUUUCUUCAGUCAGCAGCCUAGUGCGCUGCACACGCUCCUCUGGGCAAUGGCUGGUCACGGGAUUCCUCGGUCGUUCCGUCAUGUUGAUGGCUUUGGUGUUCACACCUUCCGUAUGGUUACCGACAAGGGUGCUUCCAAGCUUGUCAAGUUCCAUUGGAAGGGUAUGCAGGGUAAGGCUAGUUUUGUCUGGGAAGAGGCUCAACAGGCUGCUGGUAAGAAUGCGGACUUUAUGCGCCAGGAUUUGUUCGAAGCUAUUGAAGCCGGUCGAUUCCCUGAGUGGGAGCUCGGUGUUCAAAUCAUGGACGAAGAGGACCAGCUUCGCUUCGGAUUCGAUCUGUUUGAUCCAACCAAGAUCGUCCCUGAGGAACUCGUCCCCGUCACAAAGCUGGGCAAGAUGCAACUAAACCGCAACCCAAUGAACUAUUUCGCAGAGACCGAACAAGCAAUGUUCCAACCAGGCCACAUAGUCCGCGGCAUAGACUUCACAGAAGACCCCCUCCUCCAAGGGCGAAUCUUCUCCUACCUAGACACGCAACUAAACCGACACGGCGGCCCCAAUUUCGAACAGCUCCCCAUAAACCGUCCCAGAGUCCCCAUCCACAACAACAACCGCGACGGCGCAGGCCAAAUGUUCAUCCCACUAAACAAAUAUGCCUACACGCCAAACACACCAAACUCCGGCUCCCCCAAGCAAGCCAACCAAACCGUCGGCAACGGCUUCUUCACCAGCCCCGACCGAACAACAACCGGCCACCUCACCCGCUCAAAGAGCUCAACCUUCGAAGACGUCUGGUCACAGCCGCGCCUGUUCUGGAACUCGCUCGUCCCAGCAGAGAAACAGUUCGUUGUUGACGCGAUGCGGUUCGAGAACUCGAAUGUUAAGAGUGAAGUCGUGCGCAACAAUGUUAUUAUCCAGUUGAACCGGAUCAGCAAUGAUCUCGCGAAGCGGGUUGCCAGUGCAAUUGGCGUCGAUGCGCCAGAGCCCGAUUCAACUUUCUACCAUGAUAACACGACGGCGCAUAUCGGUGCGUUCGGACAGAAAUUGACCAAGUUGGAUGGGUUGAAGGUUGGACUUCUUGCCUCUGUCGCGAAUGCAUCGUCGAUUCAGCAAGGGGCCAAGUUACAGUCUGCGCUCAAGUCGGCUGGAGUUGACGUUGUUGUUGUUGCGGAGAGGAUGGCGGAUAACGUUAAUCAGACGUAUUCUGCUUCUGAUGCUGUGCAGUUUGAUGCUGUUGUCAUUGCGGACGGGGCCGAGGGUCUUUUCUCUUCGCGUUCUUUUACUGGUUCGCCUAAGAAUAAGGGGUCUGGCGCUACGUCGCUUUAUCCGGCUGGACGGCCUUUGGAUAUCUUGCUUGAUGCUUUCCGUUUUGGAAAGCCUGUUGCGGCCGUUGGGGGUGGGUCUGCUGCACUGCGGGCUGGGUUGAUCUCGGCUGAGAGGGAGGGUGUUUAUGUUGGUAAGAGUGUUGGGGAGGAGUUUGUCAAGGAUGUUAAGGAGGGGUUGAAGACGUUCAAGUUCUUGGAUCGGUUUGCUUUGGAUGAGUAA